UAAAAUAUCAAAACCUUUGUGCUGGGCUUUAAAUCUGCAACGCAGCGCUUUACUGCGACAAGUUCAAUGCAUACCGCCAACGUUCAGUUCAGUAUUACCACGCUAUAAAGAGACCAGUAAUUAUUUAACACUUAUUGACUAGGACCGAGGGAACCAGUAUUUUUGUGGAUCUGAGAUGGUGAUGUUUCCUGAGGCGGAGCCGAAACAUCGGCCGUCGAGGGUCCACAAAACAUCGAUAGUCCACAAACUAUCAAGUGACAAAGAGAAAGAAACAUUUGUCGCAUUUUUGGUAGAUGCAGAGUCUUUUUCUAUUUUUGACCAGACUAUAUUCUUUUCAUUAUGGAUGGUUCAUAUAAACGACUGUCAUCAACAGGCUACAAGGCAGUGUCAGUAUAUUCAGCUUUCCUUCUAUUUGCUGGAUCCUGCACCCAGUUGAUCACGUUCAUAGUCCUGCUGAAACGGGAGUAUCGCAAAAAAAUUCUAACACCGUGCUUCUUAAGCAUAAUCGCUUCGAACUUUCUUUUACUCUAUGGAAGUCUGCCGUUUACUUUCGUUUCCUCUUUGAUGAAAGGGUGGAUCUUCAAUGAUAAGAUCUGCCAUUUUGUUGGAUUUGUCGCAGGAACAGGAAGCGUAUCAAUGAUAGCAACAAUGGCAGUUAUUACAGURAAAAUCUACCUCUUGGUGAAGAACAAGCCAUUUGUGGGUAAYAGAAUUGAACGCGACAACUCACAAACCAAGGUUCUGCUUGGUGUGUGGUUGUAUUCCGUCUGUGCAAUGCUUCCUCCGUUGAYUGGAAUAACUGAAAUGAGCAUCGAAGGAGCUGGUACAAACUGCGUGCCACAAUGGUCUCCCGAAAACACAAGCGGACGAGUAUAUGUGAUGUUUCUACUGACCAUGGCCUACAUCAUUCCUGUUUCUGUAUCGACAAUAUACCUCGCCAAAAUCCGAAAGGUGAUCAACAAGAAUAUCAGUGAAAGCAAUUACUACUUUGUCAACCUUUGCUUCAGAAAUCUAAGAAACAUCAACAAAAUGUGCAUGUUCGCUGUUGUCUUCUUCACCAUAGCUUGGCUGCCUUACGCAAUUGUGGUAGUAAUUUGCAUGUUUGGAAAGAAAUCUUCAAUCAGCCCAGAAAUAGAAAUGGCUCCGACGUUGUUAGCCAAGACCAGUGCAAUAUGCAACCCUUUUAUCUAUGCUAUCGUAAACCCAAAAUUCCGAAACUCGGUUUUAAAGCUUUUAAAGUUACCUUUUCAGUUUAAUUGUGAUGACAACAACUUGGAGGUUGGCAGUGUUUUCGUUCUUAAUGAAAUAGGUACCAAGAAUGGCAAUGAUAGAAGAAAAAUCGUAAAAGACGAAGGUGAUGCCGAGAAUAAAACUAAAGUGAAAAGCAAAGUCCAAGAAAACAAACCAGAAGAGGUUGAAAUAGUUGCUAAAAGCAAUGAUGAAAACCAAGAGCGUCUUUCCACGAAGAAUACUGAAAGCAACCACAAAAUUCUUUCUUUUGAGGAUCAAAUAGAUGAUAAAAGGCUUGACGACAAAACGGGAAAAUACAGAAAGAAGAACUUGUCUAGCGGAAAACGUCGUACGAACGACAGAAUUUCAGUAUACCAAUCAGUUGAUGAAUUUUUAACUAAGAAAACCUCUUCAAAUGAAAACUACCAGGAGGGCACUACAUACAGUUCCACAGUUGAAAAACGAUUUUCCAAACAGCCAAAGAAACUCAGCAGGAAAUUAGAUGAGAGAAGUUCAACUUCGUCCACUUUAAAUAUUUCAAUGACUUAUCGAAUAUAUAGGACAGCAUCUAACGAAAUAAAAUCACAGAGCAUCUCAAUACCAGGAGGCAUAUCAAAAUGGCAAUGACAAGUCCAAUAUACUCCAAUAUAUAUAUUUCAAAAACACAUGAAUAAUAAUAAGUCAUUGAAUCAUACGCGUCACGUGCAUAAACCUUUAAACCUAUAAACGUAAAGUCCUCUUCAUUAGUAUUUUUUAUAUCAAGAAUACUUAUGGGGACGACUUUAUCAGCCGGGUGCUUUCAAGUUUAGACGAAGACUUACGUACGAUCAUCAACGAACCACGAAAUAUCGUUGUCUAGUGCCCCUGGCUUGAGUUUGGCAUGCUGUCUUCAACUUUAAGGCGCCUUUUUUUGGACUCACUGCUUAUGGUAAUGACGUACAAACCUCACUGGGUAUGAGGAAAAGACUGGGUUGAGUUGGCAUUGCAGUGCAUUUUGGGGCUGUUUUAGGGGACAGAUUGCCAAGACGGCGUCUAUUUCGUUCCCUAAAACCGCCCCACGAUGCACUGCAAUGACAACUUGACCCAGUUUUUUUUCAACCUCGGAAUGGUCCGAUUCAGUAGACCCUUGAAAAAUUCUAUAGAAUUACCAAAAAAAGAAGCGGAAAAAUCUCCAAUUAGUGCUAGUACAUAAUAAAAAUGAUAUUGGUCUUUGGGUGAAGGCAUAUGAAAACUAAAGUAAUAAUAAAAGGGUAAAUAUUUUACACCGUGAAAAGAUGAAAAAACGUACUAAAAAUUAAGUAAGAUUUUUCAUCUUUUCACGGUGUAAAAUUUACCCUUUUAUCAUUACUGUUUAAUUAGAAACACCGACGCAGCUCACACUAGUUUUUAGCUAGAUGUCUCUUAAAAACUAAUGUGAAAUUCAUGUAGGGGAACGAUGUAAACGUGAUCAUGGCGAUUAGCACCAGAAUUUCUAAAAAAAUUAGUUCCAAAAUA